GAGGCUCUUACGCCCCGGCGGCUCCGAGCAGAUCACGUGCAACGAAGGGAGGCGGAACUCCAGAGGCGCAUCGGCCCGCUGCCGAAGUGCAUUGCCACCAUCCGUGGCCGGGCCGCACGCGACCGCGCGAGUUCUCCGCCCAGGUCGCGGUCGAACUCGCCAAAACGGCA